AUGGAGGGUGUAGCGACGGAGACGAGUAGUGCGAAGAUGCAUGGAGGUUACAAUAAGCGAUACAAACAUUAUAGCCAUACCCUUGGAUGUUCCAUGAACUUCCACAUAUACUUCCCACCUUCUGAUUCCACUGAUUCCCACCACAAGUUCCCUGUUCUCUACUGGCUAUCUGGUCUCACUUGCACCGAUGAGAAUUUCAUUUUCAAAUCCGGUGCUCAACGCGCCGCUUCCCAACACGGCGUUGCCUUGGUCGUUCCCGAUACUUCUCCAAGAGGGUUGAAUGUUGAAGGUGAAGCUGAUUCCUGGGAUUUUGGUGUAGGUGCGGGAUUUUAUCUCAACGCUACACAAGAGAAAUGGAAGAACUGGCGCAUGUAUGAUUAUGUUGUCAAGGAAUUGCCAAAGCUUCUAAGUGAUAACUUUCCACAGCUUGACACAUCAAAAGCUUCUAUAUUUGGCCAUUCUAUGGGUGGGCAUGGAGCACUAACUAUCUACCUGAAAAAUCUGGAUAAAUAUAAGGUAAGUCGAAAGGAUGAACCAAAAAACUUUUCAUAUCAAUAUAGCCGAAAGCAGUACUUAGAAAAUCCUCAUCUUGGUUAUGUCCUAUAA